AAGGCGCGCACCAAUCACGGCUCCACCAGACACUGCCGCUGUCUCUCGCUAAACGGGACGAAUCCCUGCUGGUCGCAGCCACUUUCUGCUUGCAGCUCGCAGUUCGCGACCCUGCGCUGCCACCCCGGAGGCGCAGCCGUUGUGACGUUGUCGCUGAGCGCCCAGACCGCUUUGCUGUUGUUCACUCGACCCGGCUUUCACUCAUGCGCAAUCACCAGAUCACUCACCCUGCCCAUACAAAGCCUACCGAGCCCACAGUCCUCCCUGUGUUACCGCAAACACCCACCGAUCCCAACUUCCGUCUUCAACAGCCCUAUUUACCCACCAACAGUCUCAGCCUCACCUACUCGGCAUCUACCCGAUCUUUAUGCAAGAAAGCAUGACCUUCAAAUCCACGUCCACAUCGGGCACCACGGCCAGCAAGGCCAGUAGCCUCUUUGAUCUCGAUGAGAAUAGCAACAAGGGCAUUCUCGUCUACAGGUACCGCUCUGGUGCGAACGGUCUAGACACCACCACCGAGGCAGCUCUUUGCGCUGAGCUCGACAAGCACCCUAACUUGCCUUUUAUGCGCGUCACCAAGAAGCCCAUUCCCCGCGGCGCUAGUCGCAUGGACAUCCACCAGGAAGAUCUCUACCUGCCUGAGGAGAGAGAGAUGUGGGCCGACAAGAUCUCCGCCAAGUCCUCCGUCGCCAACGUCGGUCUGCCUACCAUGGCCAAGUGGAAACACAUGGUUAUGGGCAGCUACGAUGACCUGUACAUCGUCUUCCAGACGCACACGACCUCGCCGGGCUCCUCCAAGAACAACUCGCCCGAGUCCUCGCAGCACGUGAGUCCUGCGUCCACCUUCCCUUCGGAAAGGUAGGCGCAUCGGAAGCGUACCUCGGUAGGCCGCGCGAUAGGGCUGGAACGCCUGCCAUGUUUGGACCAGGCGCAUUGGAGCCGCAUACACACAGUCUCACCUCCCUUGAUGGCGCUUCCACCACCGCCGACCUCUGUGGGGUCAUGCAUAGCCGUCGAUCAGUCUGGACUGUCGUCAUAUUCUGAAAAAGCAGGUGUCAUCCGCCGUCGCCACCGCACCUGCCUGCAAGAGGCGCUGGCUUUUUGGAGUUUCCUUUUGUAUACGUUUCUGUCUCUACUAUCAUCGAUACCCUGAGCAUGUCUCACAAGCAACGGCGCUGGAUGGAGUUAGUCUUUUUGGAUGCAUGGUCUAGAAUACACGGAAGGACGAGAAAAGCGCUUUGACGUCACAGACCUCUGUAGAACGAGUCAUGCUCGUUGACGAACUUAAUGAAUUACAAUCUCAGACCG